AUGCUGUUGUGCCCUUGCUUUUUUGUGAGAACAACUGCUGACGCUGGGGGUUGUUUUUUGAUGUAUACAGAGUGUCGGAACUCCAAGGAGUGCGCCCCUGCCAAGCACCACUUUGACGAGUGCGUCGAGCGUGUCACCGCUGCCCAGUCCGAGGAGGGCGGCGCCAAGGAGGACUGCGUCGAGGAGUUCUUCCACCUUGCCCACUGCGCUACCGCCUGCGCCGCGCCCAAGCUCUGGUCCGUCCUCAAAUAAAUUCACACAAAUUUAUCAACCCUUCUCGAUGGUCCCCCUCUCUGUUUACCAACCACC